UGCUUCUGAAUUGCAGCACCCAAAGCACAGGUUUUGUUUCCGAAGUGAAUUGUUCGAACAUCCACUUCAGAGCUGUUUUAUAUCACACAGAAUAUGCAAUUUCUGUAGCGGAAUCGAUCGGCUUGCACAACAGCCAAGCUAACGUUGGGAAGUCAAAUCGUAUCUAGUUUACUUUCAACCUCCCGAUCCAAGGCUGUCGCUUGGAUUGGAGAUAACAAUGGCAGGCGUGAUACAAAAGUUUGUUACUGCGUCAAUGUUUAUGUGGAUAAUUCCUGUUGCAAUAUUAUAUGCGUUUAACAAUAAUUUGCUUCCUGGUGUAAGCGACAUGUCUCCCUAUUCACUCACGUUGUUGAGUGGAUUCCUUGCUGUUAUAUCUGUCAACGUAGUUAUCGCAUUUUACAUAUACAUGGCAAUGAAAGAGCCUUCAGACCAACACAAGCCUGAUCCUGCAUUUCUUGCUGAAGCCGAAGCUAGUGUAAGCAAGUUAAAAGGUGAUACUGAUGGUUCUUCCCAAUCCUCCAAGAAAGAAGAGUAGGAUAUGCUGCUUCCCCGUUUCCACUGUAGGAAGAACGAAGAACUUAAAUUUAAAUGCUGCAGUCUGCAGGCUAGAUAUUGGUUAAGAAUCCAUUUGAUACAUGUACGCUUACUUUCGUCUUUGCCAGCUGCUAUUGAACCUGAGACGAUGUUAUCACAAGCUUCUUUCUGGUUGUAAUUUUACUAGCAACUAUAGAUGUACUCAAUCACCCUUUGUCUUUCAGUUAAAUCUGAGUGUUGGAGGAAAAUGGUACUCUUACAUUUUUUUCUUAACUCAUGGCAAUUGUCAAACAUUUUGGAUGGAACUAA